UUUGUAAGGCUUUUGUCUUUCUAACACAGUUAAAUUCAAAAAUUCAUGUUAUUUCUUAUUUACAUUCAAUACAGGGAUUCCCAAACUUUUUUUGUCAGCCAAAAAUACAUUUACUUGAAGCACUACUUGAGAUUUUAAGGUUGCCAGAAGAAGACCAGAUAGAUGCGAAGGGCAGAUCCAAGGAGCGAGCGUGCAGUCGGGACAGAGACAUGGAGACCAGCAGCAACACACGCUCACUGGAGACCAGCUUCAGCAACAGACGGAGAGCCAGACGGCCAGACAAGGCUAUUUACGUUCCACGUGUUAUGAGACAUAAGAUAGAUCUGGAACAACCGAAUCUCAAGGGAUCAUCUGUGGAAUCCUCCUCUGACGUUGCUGAGGAACCUCUUGUAACCAAUCAGAAGCCAGAGGUGGACAGCACUGGCCAGUCACGGGGCGAUGAGGAGUUUGUGCAGCUUUCGAGGUCGGGUCCGUCACCGUGGCCUCCAGCCUGGGACCAGACUGUGACUCUCUUCACAUCUCUGACAUUAGAUGAUGAAAAAGAUAAAAAUUGUGCCAACAACACGGACCUUCCCACUGAUGCCACACUCCAGCAGCAGGACGUCGAUGAAAGUUUGCUCUCGGAGGUCAAAGCCAAGCAUAUUAUCUUUUUUAUCAUUUGUGUUGAUUUCCCCGCCUUUGCAAACAUCUGGCUGGACCCACAGGAGUUCGGCCACGUCAUUGAGAUCUACGACUUUCCUGCCAUGUUUAAAACAGACGACCUGCUUGAUGCCUUUGCUGACUAUAGUGAAGGGGGGAUGAAGAUCAAGUGGGUGGAUAACACUCAUGCUCUCGGUGUAUUUUCAAGUCAGUCGGCAGCUACACAGGCACUGUCCCUCAAACAUCCCAUCCUGAAGACCCGCGCGCUGCUGGAGGGGAGCCAGAAAGCUAAGUGGAAAGCAACCAGACGUGCAGAGUUCAUUCAGCCGGUGAAGGAAAGGCCGCGGACGGACACAGUGGUGGCUCGCAGGAUGGUGACCAGAGCGCUGGGCUUGAGGGGGAGACGCUUUGAAAUGAGAAACAACUUCAACUGAAUAUUAAAUAAAGUUCCUCAUCACAGUCAGACUGUCCUUCAGUUAUAACUGUACUGGGAAAAGAACAUGCCUUUGACAUUACUGCACCACUCAAGACUAUUUUAGGAAACAAGCCAGUAGUAUAAGUGAGCAUUUGAUGUGAGUUUUGGUAAGCAUUCAGAGGACUGUGGUUCUUUCUUCUUUAGCAGGAAACAGCCUUGUUUGUUUUUUCCUGCUCUGUUUCUUCAUGCUAACAAGCCCAGCAUCUGGUCCAGCCAUUUUAAAUAGAUCAUUUUUUAUUAACUUCAAUCUUAUUUAACACAAAUAAGCUCUUUUGCUCAUUGGAUUUCCUGAAAAUGGGUCAUCCAGGACCAUCAUAUUCAAUCUAAUGUUUAAAUUAAGUAGACCGUGUGUUGAGCAUUGUUUGUCAAUGUUGUUUUCAUGUUCAUCUCGUGUAAUUUGAGAUCAGAACGGAGUCUAAAUGACAUUUUUGAAACAUUAAAUAUGUUUUGUUUAAAAUGCAAUAGUAUUAUUAUAUGUAAAACUAAAUGUAGAUAAUAUUGUUUGUUUUGUUUGCUACUAUUAUUAUAUAUUUGACUUGUUUGUCUGAGUUGAUUUGUUAAAAAAAAAAAUACUUAUUUCUGCACUAUGAUGGUUUAAAAUUGUUUGAUACCUCAACCUGUUUUUCCGGUUUUAAUUAAAUGUUUU